ACACCGACAGGUUCCGAAGCAAGCAAGACCUGUACAAGACGGAAAAUGCAAGAUGGCAGCCGACGUGAAGUCCUGUCCAGUUGGGUGUCUGUGAAAAUGUCAUAUUGUGACUCGUGUUGCUGGCUAGACGAUGAGUAAACAUGAGUGAAUAGUGGCUAACUAUUAGUGUAGUGGUUUGCGAAUCGAGAACUGUCAAGAAACGACUUCAGAAUGGCCACGGAUAAAAUCAAAGUCGCUGUCCGAGUAAGACCCUUCAACCGCAGAGAACUGGAACUGGGGUCGCAAUGCGUCAUAGAAAUGGCAGAGCAGCAGACCAUUCUCCACCACCCCAUCACCAUGGACAAAAUCGAGAGGAAACAGCCAAAGACAUUUGCAUUCGACCACUGCUUCUGCUCCAUCGAUCAAAAUGACGAAAACUUCGCCUCGCAGGAGCUCGUGUUCGAUAGCCUGGGUAGCGACAUCCUCUCCAACGCAUUCCAGGGCUACAACGCCUGCAUUUUCGCCUACGGACAGACCGGUUCUGGCAAAUCGUACACGAUGAUGGGAGCUCAACACGACUCGGGCAUCAUCCCCCGGUUGUGUGACAAACUUUUUGAGCGAAUCGCUGAAAUGCAGAGCAGCGAACUGACCUUCAAGGUAGAGGUCAGCUACAUGGAGAUCUACAACGAAAGGGUGCACGACCUGCUCGAUCCGACGUCCAACAAACAGUCUCUCAGGGUCAGAGAGCACAACGUCCUUGGCCCUUACGUCGACGGUCUCUCACAGCUCGCUGUCACGUCGUACGAGGAUAUUGCUGCCCUGAUGACCGAAGGCAACAAGUCUCGCACAGUCGCGGCCACCAACAUGAACUCCGAGUCGUCCCGAUCGCACGCCGUCUUCUCGGUGGUCCUAACUCAAACUCUGACCGAUCUAAAAAGCGGUGUCAGUGGUGAAAAGGUAUCCCGAAUGUCCCUUGUGGAUUUGGCUGGCUCCGAGCGUGCGGUGAAGACAGGCGCCGUUGGAGAGCGGUUGAAGGAAGGGUCCAACAUUAACAAAUCUCUCACAACUCUAGGCCUAGUGAUAUCAAAGUUAGCCGACCAGGCGGGUGGCGGCGGCGGCAGCAGUGGCAAAAGUAACCGGGACAAGUUUGUUCCCUACCGUGAUUCCGUUCUCACAUGGUUGUUGAAAGAUAAUCUGGGUGGCAAUAGCAAGACUGUGAUGGUUGCGACGAUUUCUCCGGCGGCUGACAAUUUUGAAGAGACUCUGUCCACUCUGCGGUAUGCCGACAGGGCUAAGAGGAUCGUCAACCACGCCGUGGUCAAUGAAGAUCCAAACGCCAGGAUCAUCCGCGAGUUGAGAGCCGAGGUCGAGGCGCUCAAAGAAAUGUUGAAACACGCCACGGUGAGCAACAUUUCGCUACCAAUUGGCUCACAGGUGGUUGAUAAUAGGGAAGAUUUGCAUGCUAAGCUCAGUGAGAGUGAGAAGCUGAUGAAGGAGAUCAGCCAAACGUGGGAGGAAAAGUUGGUGAAAACUGAGCGACUUCAACACGAAAGGCAACAAGCACUUGAGCAAAUGGGAAUUUCAGUGCAGGCCUCCGGCAUCAUGGUGGAGAAAAAUAAGUACUACUUAGUCAAUCUGAACGCUGAUCCCUCCUUAAAUGAGCUCCUCGUCUACUAUUUAAAGGACCGCACUUUAGUUGGACGUAAAGAAGCUCAAGUUGAGCAGGACAUCCAGUUGUCAGGUUUAGGCAUCCAGCCCGAGCACUGUGUGCUCACCAUGGAAGGCGAAAAAUUGUUCAUCAUUCCACUAGAGGGUGCUCGUACUUACGUGAACGGUUUCCCCAUCACUGACAAGAUAUUGCUCCAUCAUGGAGACAGACUGCUCUGGGGAAACCACCACUUCUUCCGUGUCAACUGUCCAAAGUCUACAACCGCCGCCAAUUCCGAGCCUCAAACUCCUGCCCAACCUCUAGAUUAUAAUUUUGCAAGAGAAGAAAUUAUGCUGAACGAAAUGAGCAAUGACCCCAUCCAGGCAGCUAUUGCCAAAAUCGAAAAGCAGCACGAGGAAGACAAGCAGGUUGCCCUCGAGAAACAGCGCCAAGAGUACGAGCGCCAGUUCCAGCAGCUGCGAACCAUUCUGUCCCCUUGCACUCCGUACCCACCUUAUGUGCCAUUUGACCCAUUCAGACCCGGAAAAAUAACACCAUGCACCCCUGGAACCGCCCAAAUGAGGGUUGAGAAGUGGGCUCAAGAAAGAGAUGAAAUAUUUAAACGGAGCUUAGCCCAAUUGCGAGCGGAUAUUGUGAAGGCAAACUCGCUCGUGCAGGAAGCCAACUUUCUGUCUGAAGAAAUGGAACGGAAUACUAAGUUUAGUGUUACUCUCCAGAUCCCUCCAGCAAAUUUAAGCCCAAACCGCAAACGUGGCAGCUUUGUGAGUGAACCAGCUAUCCUAGUCAAAAGGAAAGGUUAUGGAAGCCAGGUUUGGUCCAUGGAAAAGUUAGAAAAUAAAUUGAUUGAUAUGAGGGAGCUUUAUGAAGAGAGCAAAACUAUUCCUAUCAGAGAGGAUGGAUCGUUUCGAAAUCUCGAACUAGACCCCUUCUUUGAGUCUCAGGAGAACCACAAUGUGAUAGGAGUUGCCAACAUCUUUCUAGAAAGUUUAUUUCAUCCCGUCCGAUUAAGUUAUCACACACCAAUAAUCAGCCAGCAAGCAGAAAUCGCAGGCCGAUUACACGUUGAGUUGAGCAGGAUUGCCGGCUCAUUUAAUCCUCUCGAGAUCUCAGAAAUGUCCACUUCCGAGAACUCCAACGACAGCGAAGAAUUCACUAAUCCAACACCAACAGUGACCCUGAGGGUCAAUAUCAAGCAAGCCACUGGCCUGCCUCCAUCACUUUCAAACUUCGUGUUUUGUCAGUACACUAUUUGGGGCCACCCUGGGCCAGUGGUGGUGGCGCCCAUCGACUCGAAUCACAACAACACUGACACCCAGCAGACAAAUGAGGGAACUCCUAGCGUCUUCAAAUUCGACCACACCAUGGAUUUCACCAUUCCUGUCACGGAGGAGUUUGCAGAGCACUGUGCUGAAGGAGCAUUGUCAAUUGAGGUUCUUGGCCAUCGGUCAGCAGAAAUUCAUGGGUCUUCAGGCUUCUCUCCCAGAGCUAAGCCAGGUUGGGAAGUGGAGCAGAGACAACUGGCAAAGGUUCGCUCUCUCGCAGACCGCUGGAGCGAGUUGACCCGCAAGAUUGAGAUUUGGGUGGAAAUCCACGAGCUCAAUGAGCAGGGCGAGUACACACCGGUCGAAGUGCAGCCGCGCGAAGACAUGCUGACUGGAGGCAUCUUCCAGCUGCGACAAGGCCAGCAGAGGCGCAUCCAGGUCAGGGUGCAGCCGGUGCAAAACUCUGGCACCCUGCCCAUCAUCUGCGAGGCCAUCACCAGCAUCGCGGUUGGCAGCGUUUGCGUCCGAUCCAGGUUGCAGAAACCGCUGGACUCGUAUCAGGAGGAGGACCUGUCCGUGCUGAGAGAAAAGUGGAGCGACGCCCUGAUGAGACGCAGGCAGUACUUGGACAGACAGAUCCAGAAAAUCGUCAAUAAAGAAGGAAAGAAUGAGAGGGACGUUGAGAGAGAGCAGAGCCUGAUGGCGCAGUGGAUGAUGUUAACUGAGGAGCGCAACGCGGUUUUGGUUCCUUCAGCUGGGUCCGGCAUUCCUGGAGCGCCUGCAGACUGGGAUCCGCCUCUGGGAAUGGAGCCCCACACUCCAGUUCUCUUCCUCGACCUGAACGCUGAUGAUCUCAGCAUCCUUAACAAUGGAGAGGAGCUAACAGUUUGUGGCCUGAACUCGAUACUUCCUAAAGAGCACGGCAACAAAUUCUACAGCUUGCCGAUUCUGAAGCAGCAGGAGAAAGACGUGAGUGCUGUUGCGGCGUGGGACUCCUCCCUGCAUGACUGCUUGCAUUUGAACAAAGUCACUGAAGCGAACGAGAGAGUGUACCUGAUUCUGAAAAGCACAGUAAAGCUGUCUCACCCGGCACCAAUGGAAUUGGUGCUGCGCAAGCGGCUCGCGCUGAACGUUUAUAAGCGACAAAGCAUCACAGAGCGUCUGCGGAGGAGAAUUGUCAGGACUGACCUUCAACACCAAUGUGGAGUGACUUAUGAGCUGGUCUCAAAUAUUCCUAAGGCAAGCGAAGAACUGGAGGAUCGAGAGAGUUUGGCCCAGAUGGCAGCUACUGGCGAGGAAACGUCUGACAUCAGCGAAGGAGACACUUAUAUAGAACAAUACACCAGAGGAGUCAGCGCUGUUGAGUCCAUUCUCACCCUAGACCGACUCAGGCAGAAUGUUGCUGUCAAAGAGCUGCUGCAGGCUCAGGGCCGACCUCUGAUGCGGAAAACAGCCAGUGUGCCAAACUUCUCUCAGCUCUUCAACACAUCCGAUGGUCCAACUCGUUCUGAGAGUUUUGCUGACCUAGCUGCUGAGCUGAGUGGACCACUGCGUGAGCGAAGUGUUCGCUCAGGUCUCGGCUCGUUCAAGCCUGACCUGGACUCAAAUAUGAACAGCACCACCGCGUCGACUCCUUUAACAAAUAAGCCGUUCGGCCUCGGCGCCAUAUUAACAGCUAGGCCAACUUUCCUCAACCUGAAUUUCAACCUUAACUCUCUACGACUUCAGCCAUCCGGAGCCAAAUCAGCUUCUCCUAACCCAACAACUGGGAAAUUGGGUCUCCGCAUGAGCACCCUUCAUGAAGAGCAGCCAGGUGGAGAAAACUAUGGAGGAAGCGGUGAGCCUGACCUGGAAGAAGUGGACGAAGAUGAAGAGGAUGAGGAGGAAGUCGACACUGAAGAGAUGCACCGUCAAAAUGCAACAGCCAUGUCGACUUCUCAAACCGCCGAGUCACUCUCCGAGUACAUUUCCCAUAGCAGCACAGCUAGCAAUAGUAACAAAAAUGGAACACCGAGCACAGCCUCCAGUGGCUAUGGUAGCAACUAUGGAGGCGCUCUCACCAGUGAGGAUUCUCUUUCCCUCCAAAGUGUUGAGUAUGAGUGCAUUCCGAACGAAACUGUCGACCAGCAGAUGAACAACGUUCAGCCUCCUCCAAAGCCAGACAUGCAGCAAAUUUCUGAGGAAAUAUUGGCUGAGGAAGGAGUCGAGGAGGAUGGCUGGGAAUCUAAUCUGUCAUGUUCGCCUGACAACAACAAUACCUCAAAGCGGGGCCGCAAGAACCAUCCUAACAGGGCGUCUUUCCCUCCCGCACACGUUCAAAAACUGCUUGCCACUCACAACCCUCUGAGCAAUUCCUCGGACCGUCUCUUGGCGGAAGAUGGAUCUGACUCUCCUUACGGCUCCCGCUACAGCCUGAGCGGCUGCGGCGCCCUUCCUGACUGGAUCACUGUGGGCGAGAAGGUGCUCGUCAGGCCCUACUCGCUGCCUGGCACUGUUGCUUUCAUUGGGGAAACACAAUUCGCGCCUGGAAUUUGGGUUGGAGUCGCUCUCCAGUCUGCGACAGGAGGGAAAAAUAAUGGCACUGUGCAAGGAGUGAAGUAUUUUGAGUGCAGGCCAAAGAGCGGUCUUUUCGUCAGGCCCGACAAACUAUUGCCAGACAAGAGAGGAAUCAACGCCAGGUCAACCCCACCCAGCAGCGGAAUGAAGCGCAGUCUUAGCAGAGGUGAUAAUUUGUCCAGAAGUCGCGGAGAAGGGUUGCACAGAGCGAAGUAAACUUCCAUCACUUCCUGUCGCCCGAGGCAGUAUUUUUAACCAUUAAAUGGCUCAGAUCUUUCAUGGCUAGAGAUAAAAGUAUGUGCAUAGCUUGAAAGUGUGCAGCAGCAACUUGGUAAGUGUGAGAGGCAAAGAGGUUGGUGUUGCCGAGAAAAUAAGCUAGGCUUGGUUGCAAAUCACACGAAUUUUUGAGAGGCAAAUAUUUUGUUUCAACGAGACUGAAUCGAAAGAUUUGUUUUUUGGUGAUUCACAAAACAAACUUGUGGGUGCUUUUGAUGUUUAGAAGGAAGCAAGCCAUCGAAAUUGGCCUCUUGAUCGUUUGUCCGUUCCGAGUGAAACACACACACACAUGCUCCCGGGAAGGGAGGCGCAUUAUGUCUAGAGAAGGGAAAAUAUUCGUGCAAUAUGGUGUCAUUUGUCUUCUCAAGGAGAUUUUUAAAAGAGUAUCAGACGUCCAUUAUUUGGCAGACAUAGCAGGUUUGUAAUGUAUCAAAUAUUAAAAUCCAAGCUCAUCCACAAUCUGGCUUUUGCCCAUUUUUCUUUCCAAAGUCCAAUAAAUAAAAAGCACGAGAUAAGAGAAAAUAAAUAAAAUUUUCGACUUCAGAAUGUUUCAAACAAAUCAAAUACAUAUAUAUUAUAUCGAAUAGGAGUAAAUAUUUAUAUUUUAGAGCGUUAGCCACCUGUAAAGCAUUAACCAUACACAGAAUAAAAAAGUCACGAAUUUCUUGCCUUGCGUUAAACCAAACAUUUCAUUGUAAAUUCAUUCAUAAUGCACUAGCGUAAAAUCAGCUUCAGAGCGUUUAAUUUUGUGAUAUCUUGAUUUUUGCUCUUCAACUGCAACUCGCUCGUGUAAAUGUUAAAAAUCAAAACGCGCGCAGUUGACUAUUCUCAUAGAAUAUAUUGGUCAAUAGUGUGUGUGUAAAAUACCACUUCUCUCCUUGAGGCAGAUUCCGAUUUGGCAGAGUUUUAUUUUUUAAUACAAAUUACUCUCGUUAGAUCUCUUGAUAUAAAUAUGACACGUCAUGUAGAUACUUACACAACAGCACAUUCCAAAAUUAGACGGACUAAGUUAGGAGCAAGAACGAGAAUACUUAUUGAUUGUUGAUUCUGGACCGUUGAUUUUUUUGUUUCACUGAUUGAAUUGAGCUUAUUUCUCAAAAUUAGUUGUUAAAUGUGUACAUAAUUUACAUUAGUUUUAGACUAAGUGUGCAAUCAAAUUGAUGCCCAAUCAUGUGUCGCAAUUUUACUUGUAAACUAGGUUGAGUGUUUCCUGAAACAAAUGAGACAGAUUUAUCGGUUGUGAUGCAUCUCUAUGAUAAGGCGCCUUUCCUGUAUGAAUAUUAUUCAUUUUCCUGACAUUUUGGUUUAUUUAAAUUAUCCAUUUUCUGCGCGAAUUUGUACUUUCCGGUCAUAUUUUUAUGAGGAAUAUCAUCCCUGUACUAUGAUAUAUACGAUUACGAAACGUAGGAACAUAUAUAUUUAUUUCCUAGCACACUGUAAAGACAAAACCUUUGAACCAACUCUAAAUUAUUGAACCAUGUAUAAUGCCACAAAUAUCUCUAUGUUGUAGUUUAUUUCCUAUGUCAAUAAAUGUGUUAAUAAACUCUUAAAAA